UCUAAACAAAACAACAGACAGUCUAUUUGGCGAGAGUCUUUGUUGCUGACAGCAGUCUGUAUAUCUCUGUAAUAACGGUCCAGAUUACAGGCAAAUACCAGACGUCAAGUUCAAUUUAAUGUUAAUAGUCAAAUAGCUGUGGUCGGAUAGAGGAGGAACAUAUCAGACACUUAUGAUAGGUGCAGUUAGCUGUUCGUCGCCUAUUGGAACAUAACUAGCAGUUCAAGAUUAUUUAAGUGUGCUCAAUUUCUAACUGUUUAACAUUUCAUCGGACGCAAUGUACAGUAACAUAAAUCUUUGCUUAGCAUCAAUAGCAAACACAACUAACGUCAGUGAAAAGUUGUGUUGGGGUUUGAAUGGAACUUUUGACGUUAAUAUGAAUUUUGGAAAUACUAUUAACAGAAAUAACACGUCGCAAAAUUUAUUGGACGAAUUGAACGCUCGAGACGCAGCAAUGCUUUUACCAUUAACUGUAGUCCUCGGUGUGUUUGGAAUAGUAGGAUUAGUUGGGAAUAUAUUUGUGUUCAUUGUAUAUGGUUGUGGCAAAAAAUUUAAGGACAGGAAAUUCAGGUAUUUUGUAUUAUCCUUGGCGUGUAUAGACUUUCUGACUUGCUUAACAUUAAUACCAGCCGAAAUUCUUAAGCACCGGAAUUAUUUCAAUUUCACGGACCGUUACUUUUGCAAGAUGAAAUGUUUCAUGAACGUAUUCGCGGCCGCCGGAGCCUCUUACUGCUUGACGUUGGUGGCCUUUGACAGGUACAUAUUAACCUGUCGUCCCGUGUUAUGUAACAAGGUGCCUAAGGUUUCACAUGACUGGGCAUGGCGUCUGUGUUUAAUAAUGUUACUGAUGGCUGUUCUAACAUCAAUUCCGGCGGCGGUGCUUUGUGGAAUAACAUCGGAUGUUAUUAUUGACGUACGCGGCAACGUUGCCGCUGAUAUAUACGCUUGUGAAAUUGAACCGUAUUAUGAAGACGCAAUAGCACGUUAUGUUUACAGGAUAAGCCUAUGUGUCAUACAGAUUCUUGUAAGCCUGGUGAUGAUAGUCCUUUACGCGAAAAUAGGCCACACGGUAUCACAAGCCAUGCACAUCCGUGAAGACAGGAACCCACAGAUUAUCCAGAUGUACGACUACCGCGCACACGUUGGACCUAGGCCCAGAGCUGAUAGACACCAGCUUGCAGCGCCAAUAUACGCACCGCACAAUGAUGACUACCACCACAAUCAUCAUCAGCAUCACCACAUUCCGACCAAUAUUAAGUUGCUUUUUAUUGUAACUAUUGUGUUUAUCGGGACUUAUUUAUUGUAUAUGUCGCUGUCGUGGAUUGAUCAGAAACACUUGUCACAGAAACAGUUCUUGGUAUUUUCAAUGUUCUAUAGGAGUUACUUUAUUCACAGUAUCAUAAACCCAAUACUCUAUCUUAAAAUGGAUAAACAUUUUAGGGAACGAUGUAUGAGUUUUAUGAAGACACUUUUCUGUGUCGAUACAUUUAGAACAUUACGCCACAGAUAUUAAAAUGAACGUACAUGUUUUCCGUUUUAUCGUUAUCCAAGGUUUAAAUUAUGAACCCUUAUACGUUGAUAUUCAUCAGCCUUUGCUAAUAUUCAUCAUUCAGAUUUAUUUUCAUGUUUAGCGCACAAAGGUAUUACUGUCUUUUUUGUUAAAAUUGAAAGCUGUCUAUGGAAACCUUGUCGCGCGACUCAGCAGCAGCCAUGGCCUAACACAAAGCUUCAGCUGUUUAAAAGGAACGCUCGAAGAUGGCAUUUAUAGUCCUUUUUUCCUUGUAUAUAAAUGACCUAUGCAAACAUUUAAGAGAUCACUGUAACGCAGGCUUCUCUGUUUCAAAUAAAAUACCUGACAUACUAACGCUAAUGUUCGCUGAUGACCUUGUUAGGGAAACAUUGUUUAAAUUUCGGUUUGGCUUCGUAUGGGUAAGUCAGGAAGUUGGCAAUGUAAAGACAUGUAUAGAAAUGAUCUCUGUCGCCUCAGAUAGUUCAAAACACGAUUGGUUUAGAAAUAUUAACGUAUCUUCUAAAUGUGUCAGAACUAUACAUAUUUUAAAUAUCCCUCCUCGAUGUUGAAUACCAUCUUCUUUUUACGCAAAAGCUUUGCAAAAUUCAAAUGUUUUAGUCACAAAUCUAUUAAAAGUCGAUAAACAAUCUCUCAUAUAAGGUUUCACAUUUCAAAGAUGGCAAUGAAUGUGCCGAUAAGUUGCAUGUAACGCCAAUGGAACAUAAGCCGAUAAGUUGCAUGUAGCAUCAAUAGAACAUGUACUGCAUAAGUUGCACAGUAUCAAUGGAAUAUUUGUCGAUACGUUGCAUGUAACGCCAAUGAAACAUGUGCCGAUAAGUUGCAUGUAGCGUCAAUUGAACAUGUGCCGAUAAGUUGCAUGUAGCGUCAAUGGAGUAUGUGCCGAAAAGUUGCAUGUAGCGUCAAUGGAGCAUGUGUCGACAAGUUGCAUGUAGCGUCAAUGGAGCAUGUGCCGACAAGUUGCAUGUAGCGUCAAUGGAGCAUGUGCCGACAAGUUGCAUGUAGCGUCAAUGGAGCAUGUGCCGACAAGUUGCAUGUAGCGUCAAUGGCACAUGUGCCGAGAAGUUGCAUAUAGCGUCAAUGGAACAUGUGCCGAGAAGUUGCAUGUAGCGUCAAUGGAACAUGUGUCGAGAAGUUGCAUGUAGCGUCAAUGGAACAUGUUCCGAGAAGUUGCAUGUAGCGUCAAUGGAACAUGUGCCGAGAAGUUGCAUGUAGCGUCAAUGGAACAUGUGCCGAGAGGUUGCAUGUAGCGUCAAUGGAACAUGUGCCAAGAAGUUGCAUGUAGCGGCAAUGGAACAUGUGCCGAUAAGUUGCAUAGCGGCAUAGCUAUUGUCUAGUCGUUGCAAAUCAUGUUUGUAUCCCAUGUAUUUGUUUUAAGAAAACAUGUUUGUUCUGAGUACAUCGACAGUAAAGCUGAUAUUAAAUUGUCUCCUAGUAACUUUUUCUUAUA